AUGGUAGACAUCAAACCACUACCGCCGUCCGCUACCGCCGAAGGAGAGACAGCUGCGCUCCAAGCACAAAUCAUCGAUGCCGGCACACGAGACAAAGAUGGUGUUGCGAAAACUGCUGAGACGAGUUUGGACGUCAAACCUGAGUCCAAGAAAGCGUCGGACGCCGGCUUGAAGAACUACUUCCGCGUCUUCAAAUACGGAACCGUACUUGACUACUUCUUGAUUGCCUUGUGUUGCCUCACAUCAAUCGGGUCCGGCGUUGCAAUGCCCCUGAUGAACAUCGUUUUUGGCCAGCUUGUCGGUAACUUCACAAACUAUUUUAUCCCAGGAACAAGCGUCACGAGGGAGGAGUUUCAGGCCGAUAUCAACAAACUAUCCCUUUACAUUCUGUACUUGUUCAUCGCGAAGUUUGUGCUAUCUUAUGUGUCAAUGCUCUGCAUCCGCAUCAGCGGGUUGAGGAUGUCUGCAGCCCUUCGCCUGGCGUACCUACGCGCUCUCUUUGCUCAAUCAGUCGCCAUGAUAGAUACUAUAUCCCCCGGGAAAGUAUCGACCCGAAUCACAACAUCAUCGAAUACAGUCCAACUCGCGAUCUCACAGCACUUUGCGAUGUUCUUUCAGUCACUUGCAUUCACGAUCGGAUUGUAUGUUGUGUCUUUUGUAAAAGGCUGGCUGUUGACUCUAGUUGCCUCGGCAGCACUGCCUUUCAUCUUGGUCAUAUAUGGUCUCAUCGUCCCGCCCUUCAUCAAGAUCCAGAAAGUCACUGCUAAACACCUCGAAGAUGCUUCAGCCAUGGCAUUUGAGAUGUUUUCUUCUGUGCGGGUUGUCGUAGCGUUUGGUGCGGAAGCCAAACUUGCUCGGCUACACGAGCUCGCCGUCGCCAAGGCUGGUGAGAAUGAAAAGAAAGCUGCGCCCUUGAUGGGGCUUAUGAUGGCUCCACAGAUGAUGGCAAUGUAUGGCACCUUCGGCUUGACCUUCUGGUACGGAAUCAAACGAGCAUCAGAGGGUCAUGGUAAUGUCGGCGAUAUCACCGUAGUACUUUUUUCUGUUAUGAUGGCGGUCAUGAACAUUGGUCGUUUAGCAGCUCCGAUUAUGGCCAUCACCAAGGCCGCUACUGCAGCAACCGAACUCUUUGUGACUAUCGACGCCCCUCUGGCCAAUAUCUCCGGAUUGAGAGAACCUGAAAUCACUGCUGAUGCUGAUAUCACAUUCGACAAAGUCGCCUUUUCCUACCCAAGUAGGCCUGACGUACAGAUACUUGAUAAUCUUAACCUCACACUUAGUGCUGGCAAAGUCACAGCCAUAGUCGGACCAUCAGGAUCGGGCAAAAGCACUAUUGUUGGCCUUGUGCAGAGGUGGUACGAACUAGCAGGCACCACUGCCGCUGCGCGCGCCGACAUCACUCCACCUACGCCUGUCACGGACGAGCAGCAACCACAAAAGUCGAAGAAGUUCUGGCAACGGAAGAAUACUGACGACGAGACAGCCGAAAAGGAAGCGGCAAAGUCAAAGAAAGAGGAGAAUGUUGAACAAGGACCAAAUACCUGCACUGGAACGAUCAGAGUCGGUGGAACAGACAUCCGAGAUGUUGACCUGAAGUGGUGGCGCUCAAAGAUCGGGCUGGUUCAACAGGAGCCGUUCUUAUUCAACGACACUCUAUUCAACAACGUUGCUUUCGGCCUCUGCGGAACAGAUAUGCAAGACUUGUCAAAAGACGAGAAGAUGAAAAUGGUGGACGAGGCUUGUCGGGAAGCUUAUGCUGAAGAAUUCAUCUCAAAGCUGCCCCAAGGCUACAACACUCUAGUUGGGGAGAGCGGUAUCAAGCUUUCUGGGGGUCAGCGUCAGCGCAUAGCCAUUGCACGGAGCAUUGUAAAGCAGCCCACCAUUCUCAUCCUGGAUGAAGCGACCAGUGCAAUUGACGUGCGCACAGAGCGGAUAGUUCAGCAAGCCUUGGACCGCGUUUCGAGGAACCGGACCACUAUCGUCAUUGCCCAUCGCCUCUCUACUAUUAAGCGGGCGGAUAAGAUUGUGGUUCUGCGCCAGGGCAAACUUGUCGAAGAGGGUACCCACGAAGAGCUCGUGCAGCUCGAAGCAGGUGUCUACCGCGGUCUCGUAUAUGCUCAAGAGCUAACGAUGGAGCCGGAAGGUGUCAACGAUAUAUCUGAGGAGGCUCAGCUUGAGCGUGUCAACACUGCAGAUGCGAAGCGUGCUACCGUACAAGAAACGGAGUCGCAGACGUCUGACAAGGAUCCUGAAUACAAGGAGCGAGGACUGAUGCUCAGCUUCGGGCGCCUACUCUAUGAGCAGCGUAGCCAAUGGCUGCUCUACUCAAUCUCGGCAGUCGGGAUUCUUAUGGCUGGAGCUAUCUACCCGUUGCAGGCUUUCAUCUUUGCGAAAGUCAUCGAAGUCUUCACCUUUACCGACGACCGUCUUGUCAGCCAAGGUAACUUCUGGGCAGGCAUGUUUGGUGUGGAAGCCGCUGCUGUCGGUCUUGCCUAUUUUGUCCUUGGGUACGCUCUCCACUACGUGGAAGUUGUCGUCACGUCGAUAUACGGAAAAGAAUAUCUGAACAACAUGAUGCGAAAGAGGAUUGCGUGGUUUGACGACCAGGGACAUUCCCCAGGAUCUCUCACCUCUCGCUUAAGUUCCGACGUCAUGCAACUUCGACAACUCAUGACAACCGAGAUGUCCAUUGCACUCAUCGCAGUCGUUAAUCUGGUCGGGUCUCUGAUCAUCUCUUUUGUCUACGGCUGGAAGCUCACCCUAGUCGCCCUCUUUUCGAUCAUGCCAAUCAUUCUUGCUGCAGGCUACAUGCGCAUGCGUCUGGAGAUUGAGUUCGAGAAGAAGAACGCCAAAGUGUUUGAGGAAAGUAGUCAGUUCGCUACAGAGGCCGUUGGCGCCUUUCGGACGGUACUUAGUCUCAUCAUGGAGGACACGAUCGGAAACCGAUACCAAAAUCUGCUGGUCGAUCACGUCAAGCAUGCCUUUGGCAGUGCGAAGUACUCGACUGUUGUGUUCGCGGCGAGCGACAGCCUCGAGUUAGGUUGCAUGGCUUUGGCAUUCUGGUACGGCGGUACGCUACUUGCUGCGAGGGAGUACGACGUCGUUGAUUUCUUCGUCAUAUACACUGCGGUGGUACAGGGUGCUAUUGCUGCUGGCAUGUGGUUCAGCUUUGCACCAAACAUGGCUCAAGCAACUGGAGCAGCAAAUCGCAUCCUCAGUAUGCGCUCUCCCAAAGCCACCGCUAAUCCUGUCUAUCCAGCACUACGCAAUCCUUCUGGCGGUGUCAGCGUCGACUUUGAGGAUGUCGGCUUCACCUACAAGUCUCGUGACGCUCAAGUGCUCUCGCAUCUCAAUCUUCACGUUGCUCCUGGGCAAUUCGCUGCAUUGGUUGGUGCAUCCGGCUGUGGUAAAUCUACCACUAUUUCUCUUCUCGAGCGCUUCUACGAUGCCACCUCCGGCACAAUCUUCUACAACAACCAAGACAUAACGACUCUCGAUCCAUCCCUCUAUCGCCAGCAGAUCGGACUUGUAUCGCAGGAGCCUACGCUCUACGAAGGUACCAUCAAAGACAACGUCGCACUUUCCGUCGACACCGCCACCAGCGCCGAAAUAGAAGCUGCGUGCAAAGACGCCCAGAUCCACGAAUUCGUCACCAGUCUACCAGACGGAUACAACACCCGCCUAGGACCUAAGGGCAUGUCUCUAAGCGGCGGCCAAAAGCAACGCCUCAGUCUCGCGAGAGCGUUGUUGCGGAAACCGAGACUGCUGUUGUUAGACGAAGCGACCUCUUCGCUCGACAGUGAGAGCGAGAAGCUGGUACAAGCAGCCAUUGAGAGAGCAGCAGGCGAGGGCGGCAGGACCGUGAUAGCGGUUGCGCAUCGACUCGCGACGAUUCAGAAGGCGGACUCCAUCUUUGUUAUGGGGAGUGGGAGGGUGUUGGAGCAGGGUAGUCACCAGGAACUGCUGAGGAAACGCGGCGUGUAUUGGCAGAUGGUGAGUCAACUCUUUGGAGCUGUGAAGGGGAGUGUGCUAAUCAUGGAUAGUGUCAAGCUCAGGCGCUGGAUCGCUAGGUCUGGCUUUCGAACUGUGGUGUAA